ACCACCACCACCGUCGCCGACAUAUCCCCAAGGACGACUCCAACCUCUUCGCUCCUCCAUUUCUCCGCAGCUAAUGCCUCCUCCUUCCGCCCUGCCCUUGUCCUCAUCCUGCUUCUCCUCUUCCAUCGCGUCGAGCUCUCUUCGCUGCUCCCUUCCCCGUCCCAACCAUCCUCUGCGACCUCCUCUCAAGCUUCCCCCGUUCCAACUACAACCACCCCACCACAUCUCUACCCUAUCCCACGAGAAGAAGAUUCCCUCCUCUCCGCCGCCGCCGCCGGCGGCCCCAUGGCUGCUCCCAGACAACGCUGAAUCGCUCAAGAUGCCCACCGCCCCCUGGAUGACAUCCCCCUUCCUCCUCCCUUCCGACCAAGUCCUCGACCUUUCGAACCCUAGCAGAAGCACCAGGAACAAGAAGAAGGUUCCCGGCCCUGCCGACCGACCCCUCACCGACAAGGUCCGGGGUGGCCGGAGCCGCCACGCCAUGCUCGGGAUUAUCAGGAACAUCAAAAACCUCCGCCAGGUACACUCCGCCGAGCCAGAUGAGGAAACUCCCGCUGCUGCCUUCGCCGAUGCUGGGCAAGCGGCGGAAUUCGGUGUCCCACUCAGGCCGGCCAAAGGUGGCCGUGGCCAGAGGGCGCCGUGGGUCACGGCGGAGGAGAAACUGGUGUUUGGGAGGGAGAAGAAGGUGAAGGUGGUCACAUCGGCGGAAUCGGUACUUGCUCCUGAAUUGCUGUUCCGGCUGCGGGGCGAGGCGAGGCGGAUGACGAGGUGGGUGAAGGCCAAGAAAGCAGGCGUGACGCAGGGGGUGAUGGAGGAGAUUCGGAGGGGUUGGAAGGAGAAUGAGCUCGUGAUGGUUAGGAUCGUCGAGCCACUGCGGCGCAACAUGGACAGAGCUCGAGAGAUCGUUGAGCAGACAAAGACUGGAGGCUUGGUCGUUUGGUGCAAGAGAGAUUUUCUUGUUGUCUAUAGAGGACAAAAAUAUGAAAUGUUUCGAAAUGCUCCUAGUUCGCCUAAUGCUGUCAAUAAAGUGAACCCUGGCAUAUUUGAAGAGGACAGUGCUAUUGUUUCAGGAUCAGUUGUAAAGAUGGAUGGGGAAGUACAGAUUAUGGAGUCUGGAAUUCAAAUGGGUGAUAUUUCAAUUGAAGGAUCUCUAUAUGAGAGAGAAGCUGACAGAUUGUUGGAUGGUUUAGGUCCCCGUUUUGUUGACUGGUGGUGGCAAAAGCCACUACCUGUAGAUGCAGACCUACUUCCAGAAGUUGUUCCUGGUUUUCGGCCUCCAUUAAGAAUGUGCCCUCCUGGAGUAAGACCAAAGCUGACGGAUGAUGAAUUGAUGUAUCUACGGAAGCUUGCACGCCCUUUGCCCACUCAUUUUGCUCUUGGUAGAAAUAGAAAACUUCAAGGCUUGGCUGCUUCAAUUAGAAAGCUUUGGGAGAAGAGCCUUAUAGCCAAAAUUGCAGUCAAAGUGGGAAUUCAAAAUACCAACAAUGAGCAAAUGUCAUUGGAGCUCAAGCGUCUCACGGGUGGUGUUCUGAUAUUAAGAAACAAGUUCUUUAUCAUUCUGUAUAGAGGCAAAGAUUUUCUCCCUGGUGGAGUGACUAAUCUGAUUGAUGAGAGAGAAGCAGAGCUCAAUGAGCAACAGCUUGAGGAAGAAAAAGCGCGAACGGGGUUCACAAACUCAUUACGUGCUAUGGAUAACAUACUGCCCAGCUUCAGCAUUGUUGGAACUUAUAUGGAAUUUCAGGAAAUACAGGCAAAUCAUAUUUCCCUAAACAACCUGAGUUAUAGAGGCCAAAUUCGAAUUGAAGCUGAAAGGGAAAAGUUGAAGAAGGAACUAAGAGAGCACGAGCACAAGCUUUUCAUUCUUAAGCAGAAGAUAGAGAGAUCAGAGGAACUGUUGAGCAAGCUUAGUCUGUCAUGUUGCCCUUCGGAGCAAACUGCAGACCUGGAAAUAUUGACAGAAGAGGAGAGGCAAGCUUUUCGAAAAGUUGGCUUGGAAAUGAACGAAAUCAUAUUGCUGGGUAGGCGUGGAAUUUAUGAUGGUGUUUUCGGAAGUAUUCACCAGCAUUGGAAACAUAGAGAAGUUGUGAAAGUGCUUACCAAGCAGAAGGCAUUUCACCACAUUACUUGUACUGCAAGGUUACUUGAAGUUGAGAGUGGUGGGAUACUGGUUGCAGUGGAGAAAUUAAGGACAAGUCAUGCAAUAAUUAUCUACCGUGGGAAGAAUUAUGCUCGUCCACUAAAGCCAUCGAACAACCUACUGUCGAAAAGAGAGGCACUACAAAGAUCUAUUGAGAUACAGCGUCGAGGAUCCUUGAAAUACUUUGCACGCCAAAGAGAGAAAUUAAUCUGGGAAUUGACGCAGAGACUGAGAAAGUUAGAAUGAAAGUGCGAGGAAAAGGAAAUAAUAAUUCCUACAGAUCUGAUGAACUUCAAUUGGAAUUGCGAUUGGACCGGAAACCACCGACUGGUAUGCAUCAAGCUGAAUAUAUAGGUAGUCGUUGUUCCAAUGACUUUGCAUAUGUGUACUUAUUUUCUCUGAAGUCCCGCCUUGGUGCUUGCGCGAUACCAGGUUGUCUUCGUUGGUGAGUCAGCACGAGUAAAUCCCGCUGGAUCUUGAUCAAGAAUUUAUCUGUUCUCCUUUGGCAACUCCUAUGUGUCUCAUUGCAACCAAAAAAAAAA